GUUUCCUCUAGUGGCCGGUUGAGUUUUUAUCACUUUGACAUCUCCCGCCUCCUCAAACAUGGAGCAUCCCUACUGGGAUCUGCUGGGGGCCGAGUUUGAGCUGCAAGAUGAAAAAACUGGUGAGAUUGAUGCUAAGGAACGUCUGGCCCGCCAAAGGAAGCUCCUUCAGAAAAAGUUGGGCCUUGACAUGGGUGCAGCCAUUGGCAUGAACACAGAGGAGCUAUUUAAUGAUGAGGACCUAGAUUACACAUGGCAAAACAGUGCACCAAGAGACUAUGGCAGCAGUUACACAGCUGGAUCCAGCUUCCGCAACCAUUUGACUGUUCAAGCUGCCGAGUUGAUUGACUCAGAAUUUCGUCCAGGCAUGAGCAGUCGUCAGAAGAAUAAGGCUAAGAGGAUGGCGAAGCUAGUCGCAAAACAAAGAUCCCGAGAUGUAGAUCCCAACGAAAAGAGUAAUGACAGUUUAGAGGGUGAACCUGAAGAAAAACGAAGAAAAACUACAAAUAUAGUUGUUGACCAAACAACAGAGCAUAAAGUCUUAAUUGAUAACAUUUCUGAAAGCUCCACAUUGUUAGAGGAGACACACGAGUGGCCUCUGGAGAGCUUUUGUGAGGAACUCUGCAAUGAUCUCUUCAAUCCACUGUGGGAGAUUCGACAUGGUGCAGGCACAGGCCUUAGAGAAAUCCUCAAGUCCCAUGGUGCUGGAGGCGGGAAACUGAUUGGAAGCACUGCACAACAGGUAUAG